CCCCUCCUCGGAGUCAUUUUUUCCUGUCCCCCCUCUGCCGCCCUUUCCUCACUCCCCGGGUGAGGCAAUUCUCUUGAAAGCGAAGGUGUCGGCUGUGAGCCGGAGCCUCCUUCCUUGAAUUUAUCCGUGGAGGACUCGCUGCGCCCCCCGGCAUGGGGGUGAACGCCGUGCACUGGUUCCGAAAGGGGCUCCGGCUCCACGACAACCCCGCCCUGAAGGAGUGCAUUCAGGGCGCCGACACCAUCCGCUGCGUCUACAUCCUGGACCCCUGGUUCGCCGGCUCCUCCAAUGUGGGCAUCAACAGGUGGCGAUUUUUGCUUCAGUGUCUUGAGGAUCUUGAUGCCAAUCUACGAAAAUUAAACUCCCGUCUGUUUGUGAUUCGUGGACAACCAGCAGAUGUGUUUCCCAGGCUUUUCAAGGAAUGGAACAUUACUAAACUUUCAAUUGAGUAUGAUUCUGAGCCCUUUGGAAAGGAACGAGAUGCAGCUAUUAAGAAACUGGCAACUGAAGCUGGAGUAGAAGUCAUUGUAAGAAUUUCACAUACAUUAUAUGACCUAGACAAGAUCAUAGAACUCAAUGGUGGACAACCACCUCUAACUUAUAAAAGAUUCCAGACUCUUAUCAGCAAAAUGGAACCACUAGAGAUACCAGUAGAGACAAUUACUUCAGAAGUGAUAGAAAAGUGCACAACUCCUCUGUCUGAUGACCAUGAUGAGAAAUAUGGAGUCCCUUCACUGGAAGAGCUAGGUUUCGAUACAGAUGGCUUAUCCUCUGCAGUGUGGCCAGGCGGAGAAACUGAAGCACUUACUCGUUUGGAAAGGCAUUUGGAAAGAAAAGCUUGGGUGGCAAAUUUUGAAAGACCUCGAAUGAAUGCGAAUUCUCUGCUUGCAAGCCCUACUGGACUUAGUCCUUAUCUCCGAUUUGGUUGUUUGUCAUGUCGACUGUUUUACUUCAAACUAACAGAUCUCUACAAAAAGGUAAAGAAGAACAGUUCCCCUCCCCUUUCCCUUUAUGGGCAACUGUUAUGGCGUGAAUUUUUCUAUACAGCAGCAACAAAUAAUCCACGCUUUGAUAAAAUGGAAGGAAACCCUAUCUGUGUUCAGAUUCCUUGGGAUAAAAAUCCUGAGGCUUUAGCCAAAUGGGCAGAAGGCCGGACAGGCUUUCCAUGGAUUGAUGCCAUCAUGACACAGCUUCGUCAGGAGGGUUGGAUUCAUCAUCUAGCCAGGCAUGCAGUUGCUUGCUUCCUGACACGAGGGGACCUGUGGAUUAGUUGGGAAGAAGGAAUGAAGGUAUUUGAAGAAUUAUUGCUUGAUGCAGAUUGGAGCAUAAAUGCUGGAAGUUGGAUGUGGCUGUCUUGUAGUUCCUUUUUUCAACAGUUUUUUCACUGCUAUUGCCCUGUUGGUUUUGGUAGGAGAACAGAUCCCAAUGGAGACUAUAUCAGGCGUUAUUUGCCUGUCCUAAGAGGCUUCCCUGCAAAAUAUAUCUAUGAUCCCUGGAAUGCACCAGAAGGUAUCCAAAAGGUAGCCAAAUGUUUGAUAGGAGUUAAUUAUCCUAAACCAAUGGUGAACCAUGCUGAGGCAAGCCGUUUGAAUAUCGAAAGGAUGAAACAGAUCUAUCAGCAGCUUUCACGAUAUAGAGGACUAGGUCUUCUAGCAUCAGUACCUUCUAAUCCUAAUGGGAAUGGAGGCUUCAUGGGAUAUUCUGCAGAAAAUGUCCCAGGUUGUAGCAGCAGUGGAAGUUGCUCUCAAGGGAGUGGUAUUUUACACUAUGCUCAUGGCGACAGUCAGCAAACUCACCUGUUGAAGCAAGGUAAGAAUGAAGCAUUGGAGCAUACUGUUCUUUUUCCUUUUCCUAUCUUAAACAUACAUUUUUUAAAUGUGCAGGAAGAAGCUCCAUGGGCACUGGUCUCAGUGGUGGGAAACGUGCUAGUCAGGAAGAGGACACACAGAGUAUUGGUCCUAAAGUCCAGAGACAGAGCACUAAUUAGGUAAAUAUUUUAGAGCUUUGUUUCUUGCUUUAGAUGAGUAUAUAAUUAACGUAAAUUAAGAUAAUUUCAAAAAUGGAGCAAAUCUCUAUUUUCAGAGCAGAAAGUCUUGAGGCAUUAAUUUUUAAGCAAUUUUUACAAAAUCAGUUAAUUUUUGGUCAAGAGACAUGCAUCUGUACCAGAGAAAUUGUUGCACCAGUUUUAUAUUCAUCUGAACCAAUGCUCUUUAAAUUAGAGAUGUUUAUGAUUUUGUGGUCAAGUUUUUUCUUAGAAAAAGACAACUUUUUUAUUUCCUUUCUACGUAACUAUGAGUCUAAAACAGUUAAAGUGGCCUCUUUAUUUUAGUGACAUUAAUAUAAUCUUUUUAUGAACUUUCCCCCAAAUUUUUGCCUCUUAAAUGUUUAUAAAUUUCUUUUAUCUGUUGUGAUGCUUCUAAAAUCUAAAUUCUUUCCAAUUUGGGAAUAGGUUAAAAUUUUUUAAAAUGCUGGCCCUUAUUAGAAGUAUCACAAAGCCUUUCCUGCAUUCAAUUUAAUUGGAUUUGGGAUGUCAUUUUGUAAUUUAAAUUAAUAUGAAAAGUAUUUAUACGUUGGAUUUGCCAGUUUUUAAAAAUUUUCUGUUUCUUCAAUUUCUAACACUGUUUACAUUUUUUAUUGCUUAGUUUUUUUAUGUCAACCUAAUUAGACUAUAAGUAUCUUGAAGAUAAGGUCAAUAAACACUCAUCACAUUUUUGUCAUUGAAUUAUUUGCAAUCAAGCUUUACCUAGUUUUUUUUUCCCCUUAAAUCACAGAAAACAUUCAGGAGGAAUACUGUUGCAGCUGAAAUUGGUGGGGAGUUCAAUACUUUUCAAUUAAGUUAUUUAAAAAUAUUCUUCAUUGAUGGAAAGCAGUUACAUAUUGAAAUAUGUUGUUUCUAAUGACAUUUCUGUGGUUUUUAACUUUUUAAUGAAUUUCACAGAGGACAAUUGGUAAUUUGUAUAUAAAGAACUUGGCAAGAGAAUUUGCUUAAUGUAAAUAUAAACAGUCACAAUUAGUAUAGACCCAUCGAUAUAUUUUUGAUAAUUUUUCAUGUAUGGUAAAGUUAAAAUGACAAAUUGAUAUUCUGAUAUAAAACUCAAAGUUUUGAAGUCAGUGGGAAAAAAGGAGGUUUUUAGACUUUCUUAAAAGACUUUGUUAAAAUUUUAGGACAGAAUUUUCUUGACGUUGUUUGAUCUAACUUUGCACUCUUUGAUAAUAAUGUUUUAGAUAAUGUGCAUAAUCCAAAUUGGUAUUGUAGCCUCUGUUAACACAGACAGUAUAUGUUUUAAACUUUGAUGUAAACCUUUUUAGACCUAAACUUGUUGAAGUAUCAUGUGUUAAGUUCUCUUUGUCUCUGUUUCUUUGUUCAUUUAUUACUAAAAUGACCUUGUUAUUAAAGUAUAUGCAAAUAUGAAA